GCUGCCUUCCCUCUGGGAAGCACCCACCCUCGCUACCUAUACCUGGCCAGCAACCAGAGCAACAAGUGGGGUCACCCACGGGGCUACCGCAUCCAGACGCUCAGUUUUGCUGGGGAGCCUCUGCCCCAAAACAGCUCCAUGGAGAGAGCCUUCAGCUGGGGAAGGUACCAGCUGGCUGUGACCCAGCGGAAGGAGGAGGAGCCCAGCAGCACCAGCAUCUACAAUUUGAAUGACCCUUGGACGCCCACCGUGGACUUCACCGACUUCAUCAACAAUGAGACUGUUGCAGGGCAGGACUUGGUGGCCUGGGUGACAGCCGGUUUCCUGCACAUCCCACAUGCAGAG